AUGUGUUGCCGACCCCGGGUCUAUGACCUCACACAGCAGAAGAAUCACGCCUUCGCCUUUGACACAGCAAAGGUCCUUGCCCGAGCCAAUGACAAAAUUGCUAGACUGCUGCUGGAAAGUUGGUCUUCGACUGGCACACUCAACAGAGCCAUGGACCUUCAUCCCGCCUACCGGGCGUUACGCACAAGACUCGAGUCAGGUUGA